AUGUUCGUGUAUUUAUUAGGAAUAAUUAUAUUUCUGUGCAUCAUCCACAUUUUGUUAAACUACAAUGAAAAAGCUCGAAUGAUUAGAAAAUUACCCGGGCCUAGAGAUGAUUUCAUUGUUGGUAAUGGAUGGACUGUCAUACGAUCGCCAGUUGAGACAAUGAAAAAUGGACGAGUGCUUGCCAGUCAAUUCGAUGGAAUCUUUCGAGUGUGGAUAUAUCCAUUUGGUGCAGUUUUUAUUUAUAAUCCUGAGGACAUUGAGAUAAUUAUGUCUAGUAUGAAGUACGGUGAUAAAAGUUCUAUCUACAAUUUCUUGAAACCUUGGCUACGAGACGGUUUACUCGUCAGUAACGGAGAAAAAUGGCAGACACGCAGGAAGAUUUUGACUCCAGCUUUCCACUUCAAUAUACUGAAGCAGUUCUGUGAGAUAUUAGAUGAGAACAGCGAGAGGUUCCUAGAAGUGCUGCAUCAGACUGCAGGGAAACCCAUCGAUGUGGUGCCUGUCCUCUCAGAGUUUACCCUUAACUCCAUCUGUGAAACUGCAAUGGGCACGCAAUUAAGGGACGAUAACAGCACUGCCAGAUCGUACAAACAAGCUAUUUACGACAUCGGAUCUGUAUUCUUUGACAGAUUUGUAAGAGUAUAUCUGUAUCCAGAUUUGAUAUUCAACCUAUCACCUUUGGGAAAAAAGCAAAAUAAACAUUUGAAAGUUGUGCACAGUUUUACUGAGAAUGUAAUAGAACAAAGAAGAGAAUACAUCGAGAAGAAUGGCAUCGACAUUAAUGAACAAAUUGAGGCUGAUGACGAUGACUCGUAUGUUUACAAGAAAAAGAAGAAAACUGCAAUGUUAGACUUACUUCUGUCCGCUCAGAAAGAAGGACAUAUUGAUAAGAUCGGCGUGCAAGAAGAAGUGGACACUUUUAUGUUUGAGGGUCAUGACACAACUGCUAGCGGCCUGACAUAUUGUUUUAUGUUACUCGCUAAUCAUAAGAAAAUUCAGGAUAAAAUUAUUCAAGAGCUAGAUGACAUAUUUGGUGAUGAGGACAGGCCCAUUAAGAUGGAAGAUUUAGCGAAGAUGAAAUAUUUAGAAUGUUGUAUCAAAGAGUCCUUGCGACUUUACCCCCCAGUACAUUUUAUUAGUCGUAGUUUGAAUGAGGACACAGUACUAAGUAAUUACACGAUACCAGCAGGGUCAUUUUGUCACAUUCUGAUCUUAGACCUGCAUUAUAGACCUGACUUAUUCAAGAACCCGAAAGAGUUUGACCCUGACAGGUUCCUACCGGAGAACAGUGUCGGCAGACAUCCAUACGCAUACAUUCCCUUUAGUGCUGGACCUAGAAACUGUAUAGGUCAAAAGUUUGCGAUGAUGGAAAUGAAGAUUGCGGUCGCGAAGGUGCUGAGGAAGUUCCACCUGUCCCCCGUCACGCGUCCCUGUGACAUCACAUUCACUGCUGACUUAGUACUCAGAAACGAUGGUCCAGUGCUCGUAAACUUUAUUAAACGAGAGUGA